CGCCUGGCGGCCGAGCGGCGAGCCAAUCGCGGCGGCUGACGUGUGUUUACGCUGACGACGGCGGCUGUAGGAGCACUCGGAGGCGGACGAAGUGAACGCCACGAUGAGGAUAUACUUGGCUUUCUUGUUGUCUUCCAUUGUGUGCUGUAUUAAUGGAACAGGAAUUCAACAAGUCACAUGUGGAUCUGUAGUCAAACUGUAUAACUCAUAUUAUAAGGUGCGUCUCCAUUCCCAUGAUGUAAAAUAUGGGUCAGGAUCUGGUCAGCAGUCUGUCACAGGAACUCAGCAACAAGAUGAUCACAACUCUAACUGGCUUAUUAAAGGCACCCCCAAGAGGUCAUGUAAACGAGGAACCCCAAUUUCAUGUGGUCAGCAAGUAAGGCUAGAACACCUUGCAACUAAAAGGAAUCUGCAUUCACACCACUUUUCCUCACCUCUGUCAGACCAACAAGAAAUUUCUGCUUUUGGUAGUGAUGGUGAGGGUGAUUCUGGGGAUGAAUGGCUUGUUAUUUGUGAUGGUGAAGAAUGGGGCAGAGACCAGUAUAUCAUGUUCAGGCACAUAGAUACUGAUGUAUACCUUGGGGUAACAGGACAACAAUAUGGCAGGCCAAUUCAUGGACAGAAUGAAGUGGUAGGCUUGUCUCGCCCAGGUGUCCAAGCAAAGUGGCAGACAAUGGAAGGAGUUUUUAUUAAGUCUACUGAUUUUUCUGAAGAUGUCAGAGUUUUCCAUGAUCCUAGUGAACUCUAACUGUAUACACCUUAGAUACUUUUAAACCAAAAUUGUUUUGGCAUAGGUAUUUUAAUUUAUUCCUUUUAGAAAUACUAAAACUAUGGCAGUAUUGUUUUGAUGUGUUCCUUUCUGAAAAUUAAAGAACUUGUAGUAACCUCAGAAAAAAAAGGAUUUUUUUUAUAUUACAGUCAUUAAGUUUACAUAUUAGAGCAUACGACUAUAAUUUAUCUAUCAGAUUUGGAAAAUAAAAUGUUACAAUAGGUCACAUGAAAAUUAAAAUAAAAGGGCUGAUAAACUAAAAAAAAGGUUAUUUUUGUUAUAUAAUAUAUUAUAAAAAGUAAGAUUCUUCCAGCCAAAAAUCAUAAUUGUAACUUUUUUUGCUAUUGCUGAGAUUUGCUAAAAAUCCCAAGGCUCUCAUUGAGAUCUAAAUAAAAUAUACAGAAUUAUCAAUUAGAUAUAAGCAUUUUAGAAUGUUGAAAUUAUUUUUCUUUUUUGACCAUUCCUUUUUUUUUUGUCAUAUAUUUGGCUCUAAUUUUACAAUAUAUUUGAUGAAUAAAUUUCUGUAUAAUGUCAAAAAUACAUUUUGUAGCAGACUUUAAGGAAGGACUGUUUUACAUUUAUUUAUUUGUAAAGAAAAAGUUUUUGCACAAGGUGAGGGGCAAGUAUUUUCUGCCUCUAGUGGAAUGUGUGUGUUUAAAUGCAACAAAUAUGUACAAUA